AAAAACUAUUCGCAUUUUUCUUAUUUGGAUCCUCCCCACUUUCACGACUGUAUCGUCGCCAGGACCGGGAGUGCAGUCGCAGCGCGCGAUGUCGCUGAAAAUGUUUCGCAUUAAGUUCGAUCAUCCACAAAGACCGUACACAACCGGUGAAAAAGUUACCGGAACAAUAUUACUGAAUAAUACUGAAGAUAUAGUAACUACAGGAUUGUAUUUGUACGUGGAGGGUUGGUGCCAGACUUUCGGCUCAAGGCAGCGAACGAGAAAUCCGGGGUUCAAUUCGGAGAACCAUCUGAGCGAAAAGUAUGAGAUCAUAGUUCCCAAAGAAUCCGACACGCAACUGACACUGUGUGCGGGGUAUUAUGAGUAUCCCUUCGAUUUCACACUACCCACCUGCAUACCCAGCAGCAUCGAGCAUAAACGUGGAUACAUAAGGUACACGGCGAAAGCUGUAAUAAAUAUACCGUGUGAACCCGAUCAGGAGACCGAGUGUACGUUCAAUGUCGUUUCUCCUUUGGAUUUGAACGAGUACCGAGAAAAAUGCUCACCAAUCGACGAAGAAAUAAUCCAUACACUGCGCGACGCCUGUUUCUUUAAACCGAGAGAGCUGACUCUGCGUAUCAGAGUACCUCUGUCCGGGUUCACUCCAGGACAAUCGAUUUUCAUAACAGUUGACCAUGAUAAUAAAUCGAAAGAAACAUUCAUCGAGAAGAUCACAGCAAAACUGCUACGAGAGGUCACAUUCUAUAUAAGCUUGCUAGGCAACAGAAGAGCAGUUGAUACUUCGAAAGUCAAAUCGACUCUAGUCAUGGGACGUUUACCUAAAUGCGGACAAAGCAUUCUGCAACUUAUGGUGCCAGAUUUACCACCGUCAUACUUGCAGCACUGCAAGACCAUAAGCGUGGAAUACAUAUUGGCCAUCACCAUUCAUCUGUCAGACCUGAGAUGUAACAUUCGCAAGAAGUAUCCUAUAGUGAUCGGAACAAAACCGUUAAUCGUUAACCAAGAAAAUUCGACACCGAUACCAAUGCCAUAUGAUUCAGCUACCACCGCACCUGAUGGAGUAUUUCCAACUGCUCCACCUGGCAGUCCAUCGCCUACGAGUGAAACCACCCCACUUAAUGCGGAUAGGUCUAACGAUACCUUGCCAGUGACAAAGUAUCAACUUCCAGGUGACCAUUGCUUGACACGGAGGUCCAGCGAUAUCGGAUUUGCAUUGCCACCCGUUGCAUCGUCUGUUACGUCACCACAACACAGUGAAGUGCCUGAUCUCCAAGUAGAAUGGGUUUUAUAUCCAAUUAUUACAUUUAUAUACAUCGUGGUACCACUCAUGGCAAUUAUGCGCGUUGGAUUACUGCUUCUAGCAUUUAUACGAAUGAUACUAUUUUGAUAGAACUUUAUUUUUAUUAACACAAAUGUAUUAAAUUAAAUCAUUCAAUUUACAAAGUUGUUAAAUAUAUCUCUUUUCGUACGAUUAGAAGAGAAUAAAAUUGUGACAAUAAAAAAUGACAUUGUGUAAUCUUA